AUGGGCCACUGUACUUCUAAAGAUACAAAGGACCAAAAAAAAUUGAAUCGACGAAUUGAGGAGCAAAUUCGAAAAGAUCAAAGCAUGUCCCUGCGAAUCAUCAAACUUCUUUUGCUUGGCGCUGGUGAAAGUGGGAAGAGUACUAUCUUGAAACAAAUGCGAAUCUUGCAUAAAGAUGGCUUCUCGCAACAAGAUCUCGAGAUGAUUCGACCAGUUGUUUACAGCAAUUGCAUCCAUUCAAUGUUGAGCAUUUUGAGAGCGAUGUUUCAUCUGCAAAUUGAAUAUGGAGAACCGGAAAGAGUGAGAGACAGUCAACUCGUCUUUGCCACCGUUCACGCGAAUAAAGAAGAAUUGACGGAGGAAUUGGCAUCGGCAAUGCAACGAUUGUGGGCCGAUUCGGGUGUUCCUUUUUUGGAUAAUCUUCCCCGAUUAUCGGCUCCGAAUUAUGUGCCCACCGAGCAAGAUUUGUUGAGAACGAGGAUAAAAACAACUGGCAUUACUGAAGUGCUUUUCGAAUUGAAAGGAUUGACGUUCAGGGUGAUCGACGUUGGCGGACAAAGAUCGGAGAGGAAAAAAUGGAUACACUGCUUCGAUAAUGUUAAUGCAAUCAUUUUCAUCUCAUCGCUUUCAGAAUAUGAUCAGACAUUGAGAGAAGACAAUUGUACGAAUCGAAUGCAAGAAUCGUUGAAAUUGUUCGAUUCAAUCUGUAACAGUCCAUGGUUUGCCGAUAUUCAUUUCAUUCUUUUCCUCAACAAAAAGGAUCUUUUCGCUGAGAAAAUUCAACGAUCACCUCUAACGAUUUGUUUCCCGGAAUAUAAAGGGCAACAAAAUCAGACAGAAUGUAUCAACUAUAUUCAAUGGAAAUUCGAACAGCUAAAUCGAUCAUCUCAACGAGAGAUUUAUUGUCAUCAUACGUGUGCAACAGAUACAAAUAAUGUGCAAUUUGUAUUGGAUGCGUGUUUGGAUAUGAUUAUUGCAAAGAAUUUGAAGACAUCCGAUUAUCAAACGGAGACUUUUGCCGUCUCGAUUUCUCCGACAACCGCUUUGGAUAUCUUGCCGAGAUACGAGAAUGGUCCAAAUCUCGGAAUCAUCGCACUUGAUUGUUUCCAUUUUUCGCGAGCAAUGCAAGAUGCAAUGGCGAAGGCAAUUUGGAGGAAUGUUUUAGAGCAUGUCGACAAUCGUUCGACAUUUUCCCCGGUCGACUAUGAAUUUCCACAGAUCGCCUGUCCGGCAGCAGAUUGUCCGUAUUUGCGAACGAUCGAAAAUUCGAUUUCUUGUGUGCCAAAAGGAGAAAAGAAGAAAACAAUUCAAUUAGAGACAAGGAACAUGAUUAUUGAUAAUGGUGUAAGCAACAUUCGAGAGACGUCAUUUCCAUUUCUCGGAGUGCUUUUCAUGGGUAUGGGUGUCAUGGUUGUAUCUCUUGUUUCACUCGUGAUGAUUGUGAAAAAGAGGCGAGGAAUCGCUAGGCGAGCAGAAAUUGAUGAAACCUCUCCCCUACUCCGAAGUACCAUUUUUAGCGAUGAAGAAAAUCCCUUU